GGACGCGGUGGGUGCAACUCGAUUGCUUUCAUCUGUGUGUGUGUGUGGCCAAGCCAGGCACAAUGGAACGUUCAUCAUCAAUGGUCUGCUCGCUCGAUUUUUGAAAGUCUCGCCGCCCUAACUGGGAUCAGAAAGGACUGCUUCGGUGCCCGCUGCUGUAUCAGGGCUAAGUAAUCAUUCCUGUGUGGACGAAGAGAGGGAUCGAUGGCGACGGAGAAACCGUCGCCAUCGGAGUUGAAAGGGAUAGCGGUAUGCUGUUGAUCCCGAGCGGGAUUAUGGUCUUCGUUACCCGCGGCCAUCCAUAGUGCCCAUGCAUGGUAAUGACCAUCGCCAAAGUCGUCGGCGCGCCUUUGCAAUCAUCACGAUAUAACGAUCACCAUCGCCGAAGUCGUCGGCUCCAGCGUCAUCGUCCCCUUAUGCUGCUCACUCGCCAACGCCGUCGUCGCGACCAUCCUCAUUCUUCCAUCGCUACUGCGAUGAUGGUCGUUUGUCAGCGACGCUGACUGGCGCAGCUGGGAUCACACUCCGUCAUCGCCAUCGGCCUAGGAAUCGUCGAUUCCCCAUCUCUGUGGCUGUCGUCGUGGCAGUUGACGCUGCCAUCGCUGUUCUCUUUCCAUUGCCACCGUCAGCGGCGUCAGGUAAGAACUGAAUUUUACUGUUGCAGCGUUUUGUACAUGAAUGUCGAGCGGCCAGUAAUAAUGGAUUGAUUAACAAGAGAAGAGUUUAAGAGCGUGCGUUGACUGGGAGAAGAGGUGGUGGGGUGAUUGGUGGUGAUCUCGUCUUCCGCGCACGUGGGCGUGUGUCAUCCGGUAAGGGGUAUUGAAGGAUGCCACGGAAGCAUGGCGGCGGCGGGGGUUAUGACGACGGGGACGAUGACUAUUGGUAUGAUGACUGCGAUUACGAUGAUGAUGAUGAUGGAGGAGGAGGAGGAGGAGGAGGAGGAGGAGGAGGAGGAGGAGGUGGAGGGGUACGAGGGAAAGCUAUGACGGAGGGGUAUCGGCCGUCUCAGCGGGGUGGGAGUAAUGAUGGCUCACGGCGAAAGCAGAGCUCAUCCACGACGUCAGCGGCGGCUAUGGGACGGGGAUCAAGUGCAGAAUCUGGACGUUUGCCUACCGCCACAAAUGCACAGUCGAAGCCGGGGGGAAGUGUCACAAAGUCGGGGCCACGCAAAGCGGCAGAGCAGAAGCACCAGCAAGUUGGGGGCAGCGAAGAGGGGGAGGGAUCAGUAAAGGAGGAGGAAGGCAGAGGUGCAGUGGGGGGAAAGCCGGUCGUAAAGGCGGCAACAGCGGGGGAGAAAGGAGGAGCUGCGGCGGCGGCCGCCGUGGCGGGAAAACCGACUGGAGGAAGCAUACCGAAGAGUGGUAUGGCGGCUACUAUCGUUUCGGAUUCUGCCGCAAUGAGGCCAAACGCAGGGGCAGAACGGGAAGUUAACCAAAAUGUAGGAGGGUUGAGACUCGAAGACGAUGAUGGAUCAAACGCUUCGCCCGCGUUGCCGUCAACAACUGCUACGUUAGGUGGGGGAGGAGGGCUGGGAGGAGGAGGAGGAGGAGGAGGAGGAGGAGGUGCUGGCGGGCAGAGCACGAGAGUACGGUCAUCUCUUCCUCUAGAUUCGUAUGUUCUGGAGGCGGGAUUGGAAGGCACGUCAACGGGAAAGGACGGAAAGGAACUACUGCAUUUGAUUGUGAUCGGACACGUGGACUCCGGGAAGUCUACCAUCAUGGGAAGGGUGCUUCAUUUGCUGGGACAGGUGUCACGAAAAGAGAUGCACAAGAAUGAGCGGGAGGCGAAGCAACAAGGGAAGGGGUCUUUCGCAUACGCCUGGGUUCUGGACGAGGGGGUAGAGGAACGAUCACGCGGUGUGACGAUGACUGUGGCCGUGGCGCAUUUCGAGACUGCAAACCGGCAAAUAGUAUUGCUAGAUGCCCCGGGGCACAAAGACUUCGUUCCAAACAUGAUUGCGGGCGCUUCUCAAGCCGACGCUGCUGUGCUAGUGGUGGAUGCGACACCGGGAGCUUUCGAGGCAGGAUUUGAUGUGGCAGCAGGAGCAGCGGAUGGUGGGUUGGGAGUAGCAGCAGCAGCAGCAGGAGGAGGAGGAGGAGGAGGAGGAGGAGGGGUUGGUGGUCAAACACGUGAACAUGCACAGCUGGCAAGGAGCCUAGGCGUCGAGCAGUUAAUCGUGGCGGUGAACAAGAUGGACGUCGUUGGUUACGCGCAACAGCGAUUCGAUUCUAUAAAGGCGACUCUGGGUCCGUUCUUAAGGCACUGUGGAUUCAGGGACGGGGCCGUGAGAUGGGUACCUGUGAGCGCCAUCGACGGUCAGAAUCUGAAAGAUCCGCCUUCGGACGGAGAUGCGGGGAGUUGGUACAAAGGUCCGACGUUUCUAGAGGCGAUCAACGGCUUCGCGCCGCCAACGCGCCACGUGUCAAAGCCUUUGAGAUUGCCGAUUGCAGAAAUAGUGAGAGGCAGUCGGUCUCUGGGAGCAGUCGCCGUGGCGGGGAAGGUUGAGGGAGGUGGAAUGCGGGUCGGGACACGGGUGGUUGUUCUGCCGUCUGACUCUCCCGCUACUAUCAAGGCGAUGGAGAGAAAUGGGCAGGCUGUCCACGUGGCAACCGCUGGUGAAAGCGUCGAUGUCGGCUUGACAGGUGUCCAUCCCGGAAUGCUCAUUACCGGCGGCGUGAUUUGCCACCCUGAUUACCCCGUCCCCGUUGUGCAAAGAUUCGAGGCCCGCAUCCUCGUGCUGGGAAUCAAGAGACCCAUUCUGAAGGGAGCGCAGGUGGUUCUCCAUGCGCACACGGCUAAGGAAUCGGCGACAAUCACCCAGCUGAUUAGCGUUCUCGAUCCUCAGACGGGAGCCGUGGCGAAGCAAAGGCCGCGCUGCCUCACAGCGAACAAAUCGGCCGUAGUCGAGGUUAGUGUAGAGAGAGGACUCUGCCUUGAGCUUUAUACGGAUUACAGACCGUUGGGAAGGGUCAUCUUGCGUGAACGAGGAGUGACCCUGGCGGUUGGUAUCGUGACACGGCUGGUCUCGUAACGUGACGAUGAGUCAGAUACCCGCUGACAAUCUCCUGGUAGGAAGAGAGGAGGUCUCUUUUACGGUGGUUAAUUUUUGCCGAUUUUGGGAAGGAAGAGAGAGAGCGUCUUUGACCGUGGUUAGUAGUUGGUCUUUUUUCCCUGACAAAUUGACAAUCUGUUGGGAAAAAGAGAUGAUCUCUUUUACCCUCUUUGUUAAUUGCUGACCUUCGUCCCAACUCGUUGGUCGUUGGGCGCGCGGAUCUCUGGUCUAGCUUGCGCCUAGCAGCGAGAGAGAUGGAUGGUCGCACAGCCGCUCGUUUUUUCUCUUUUUUUUUUCUGGUCAAGGAGAUCGGGUGACAGAUAGUACUCCAAUUCUCGUACACAAGCUGAUGGGUUCGUAAGACCGGUUGAGUGCGAGAUUGGGAGAGACGUGACUUACAACAAUUGCUGUACUCCCCCCCCCGCCCUCUCGCUCGGAUGUUCUCUCUUUUUCUCUCCCCCAUCUCUCUCCCUUUCUCUGUGAAUGGCUCGUUUUCUGGCUCUUUCACGGAUAUUCUCUCUUUUGGAUCGAGAAAGGUUGAAUAAACGGACUUCCACAAGAGAGAUUGGUGAAAAUAAUCGUACUUAAUACAAAACCAAUCUCGAUAAACGGAAACCUGAAAAUGCUCUCUCUCUCUCUCUCUCUCUCUCUCUCUCUCUCUCGGCCCCCCUUUCCCUCCCUUCCCCGCCUCUCUCUCUGACGCCCACUCACAGAACAUGGCUACCGUCUUCACAUGAAGAGUAGACCCCGUCAUUAUAGCCAAAUUUGGUGCAAUUUUCAGUCCAUAUACAGCUGUAAUGACCGGGCGUUCUAUUCGGGUGAAGACGGUAGUUGUUGCCAUCUCCUUGUUCCGAUCGGGGAAUAGGAGCGGUUCGCUUGACAACCUCUGUGAAGAAUCGAGGCAGUUAUUCAAGGGGCCCAACCGAAGAGGUCUACAAAUAUCGUCAAAUCAGAAGUCCAGAUCUUCUCCUACUCACUUAGACUGGCUAACCAGAUCUUUUCCUUCUCCCUUAGGCUGUCUUUUUUUUUUUUUUUUUUUUUAACAGAAAGACUCUGCUCUAGGAUGCGCAUUUAAGUUGGAAUGCCUCAGACCAAGUCCAGCAGCGAGCAGCCGCUGCUCAAUCUGAUUGGUGGUUGGUCGCGGUCCGUUUGCUGUACGCAGGAAGAAAAUAAAUAAAUAAACAAAAUUGCAAGACAAAAGAAGGAGGCCGGGAAUCCCUCCUCGAACAACCCGGAGAAAAAGAAACUCUCUGGGACCAUUACCCAGUGUAGGUGCAGGCGUUGGAAUAAUGUCCAGCAACAGAAAUGGCCAAUUCCAGACCGCUGUCCGGACGAGAUCCAGCCCUAAAAAGAAACCUGAAAACAACAAAGAAAAGAAACCUGAAAACAACAAAAGACCGCCAUAGGCCUGCAAAACCGCACAAUCCAAAAGUGAAACUAUCUCAGCCAAAACCACCAAUUCAACUAACCACAGUCCUUCAGGCACCAUACAAUCCUAAACAAAAGUCGCCCGACACAAACCUACAAAACCCUUAGGCUGUCUUACGCCCACAACAACCUUCUUAUUGCCUAUUCCGUCUUUAUAUUUUGUUUUUUUGUGUCACCAAAGUAAUUACGUAACGAGCCGCGUGUACAAUUUGUCGACCACGUUAGGGAAACUUGUGGAUAGUCCAGUCAUCGACCCUGUUGGCGGUCUCAGCAUUGGCAAAUGGUUGACAUGAGAAUAAAGAAAGUGGCACUUAUUUCCUUGGGAAUGAUUAAGGAUCGUAAUUAGAUCCGUCGUAAGGAGCUACAGCUCUACAGUUGGUGUUUCGCUCUGAAUGGUAUCUGCAGAGGAAUGAUUGGUGCUCUCAUUUUUGAGCUGGUUUCCAUGGGCUUCGAGGGGUUUUAGGUACUACUGGAGAUAUCUUUGCCCUCUGUUUUUUUGUACGAAGCUCUGCGCAUUUUGACAGG